AUGGCGACACCGGAUGCUCAGAACACUCAGUCUGAGGCCGAAAGGGAGGAAAUUAAUAAAUGGUUGCCUAUUACAGCCAACCGAAAUGCCAAAUGGUAUUACUCUACCUUUCAUAAUGUAACUGCUGUUGUUGGCGCGGGGGUGCUUGGCUUGCCUUACGCGAUGUCCCAACUUGGCUGGAUUCCAGGUUUAUUGGCUCUGUCAAUAUCGUGGAUAGUAACAUUUUAUUCGUUCUGGCAACUGAUACAUAUGCAUGAGAUGGUGCCUGGGAAGAGAUUUGACAGAUACUCUGAAUUGGGAGAAUAUGCCUAUGGACCGACAGUCGGGUACUGGAUGGUAACUCCUCAGCAGUUAAUUGUACAAGUCGCGACAGAUAUAGUGUAUAUGGUUACUGGAGGCAAGUCCUUGAAGAAGAGUUGUGAUAUGUUGCAUUCAUGGUUCAGUGAUGUUAGACAAACUUACUUUAUCCUCGUAUUUGCUUUCAUUCAACUGGUUUUGUCUCAAGUUCCUGACUUCAACUCCUUGAAGAUUGUUUCCUUGGCCGCUGCAGUCAUGUCUUUUGCUUAUUCAAUGAUAGCAUUUGUUGCAUCAAUAAUCAGAGGAACAGAGAAUCGAAACGUAAGUUAUGGGGUGAGAGCUCAUACAAAAGCAGGAAUAGUAUUUGAUGUAUUCAGCAGCCUUGGUACAAUUGCGUUUGCAUUUGCAGGCCAUAGUGUUGCUUUAGAGAUUCAGGCCACCAUUCCUUCGCCUUCCAAGAAGCCUAUGUGGAGAGGCGUCGUCGUUGCUUAUAUCAUUGUUGCCAUCUGUUAUUUCUGUGUUUCUGUUGGAGGUUUCUGGGCUUUUGGUGAUCAAGUCGACGAUGAUGUUCUUGUUACUCUGGAAAAGCCCGACUGGCUUAUUAUUAUUGCUAAUUUUAUGGUGUUCAUCCAUGUUCUGGGAAGUUACCAGGUUUUUGCAAUUGUUGUAUUCGACAAGAUUGAGUCCUAUUUGUUACAAGUACGAAAACUCACUCCAGGACGACCACUUCGCCUUAUCACACGUAGUACGUAUGUGGCUGCAACGGCUUUUAUUGGGAUAUUACUUCCCUUUUUCGGAGGGUUAUUAGGAUUUUUUGGAGGGCUUGCAUUCUCAUCAACAUCUUACUUUCUCCCCUGUAUUUUCUGGCUCGCCCUCAAGAAACCCAAGAGAUGGAGCUUUCACUGGUUUGCUUCAUAUGUGUGCAUUCUAAUUGGCGUUCUAAUUACAAUCCUGGCACCGAUAGGAGGUUUACGAACAAUUAUUGUAUCAGCCAGCACUUACAAGAUGUUCACCUAAUAGUCUUUAUAUGUUAUCUUUGCAAUAUGUUAUA